UCCUAAAAAAACCAGGUCUUCCUCCACUCGCCGGAUUCACUGGUCCAGUGGUCCUCACCCGUCUCUUCCGCCGCCGCCGCCGCCAUGCCGCACCUCGUUCGCGAGCGGCUCUACUUCGGCGAUAUCAAAGACGCCAUCGCCGCCCUCACAGAGUCCUCCUGCACCCCGACCUUUACCCACGUCCUCUCGGUCGUCAGCUCCGUCUCCAUCUCCUUCAUCACCGACUGCCGCCCGGGCCUCGCAAUCCCAACGGAAGAGGUCCACCGAGUCGUCGCCGGCGAGGAGGGCGCACCACCUACAGCUGCAGUGCCCCCCGGGACGCUGAUGCGGGUGGUGGAGCGCGCUGGGGACGGCCUGCGGGUAACGCGGAUGGCCGUGCCGCUGCGGGACACGGAGGCGGAGAACCUGCUCGACCACCUCGAGCCUUGCCUUGAUUUCAUCGAUGAGGGUAGGAAAGUUGGGAACGUCCUCGUUCAUUGCUUCGCCGGGGUAUCCAGGAGUGCUUCCAUCAUUGUUGCUUAUCUUAUGAGAUCAGAGCAGAAAUCUCUGGAAGAAGCAUUAGAAUCUUUAAAGGAAGUUUCUGAGUCGGCAUGCCCGAAUGAUGGUUUUCUUGACCAGUUGAAAUUGUUUGAGGAAAUGGGCUUCAAAGUUGAUACUUCAAGUCCUUUGUACAAGAGGUUCCGCUUAAAAUUAUUAGGUCAAUCCUACAAAUUUGGGGAGAAAAUAGGCAGCUAUAUAUUUGAAGAUGACCCUGGCCUUUCUCCACAAUCUGGCUCUUGUCAAGAUUCUUCAAAGACAGAGCAACACAAAACAGCUUACCGCUGCAGGAAAUGCAGGAGAAUCAUUGCUGUGGAGGACAAUGUUAUAAGUCAUGUUCCUGGUGAGGGUGAAUCUUGCUUUGACUGGAACCGAAGGAAGAGUGGUCGUCCAUACAACAACACAGAACAAGAUUGCUCGUCUUUAUUUGUUGAGCCUCUGAAAUGGAUGACUCCAGUAGAAGAUGGUGCUUUGGAGGGGAAGCUAUCGUGCAUCCACUGUGGAGCUAGGUUAGGAUACUUCAACUGGUCAGGAAUACAGUGCAACUGCGGCAGUUGGGUUACCCCGGCCUUCCAAAUUGUUAAGAGCAAAGUAGAUGUCAGCACCAUCUAAACAUUGGAGAAAUUUGAGGGAUUAGGAGUGUGACACACUGGUGGCUUUAAGAUUUCGUAUAUAAUGUAUGCACGAUAUGUACACAAUGAGCAACAUAUUGUAUGUUUUGCCAUUGCUGAUCAGGGGCUGUGUGCAGCAAAAUAUCCUACAGAACGGCACAUUUGCUGUGAGUCAGACGUCCGUAGGGCUCGAAAUGGAUGGAAUACAAGUUUAGCAGAGAAAGGUACACUAGUAUUAAUAUUGUUUCAGUGAAUUGAAAUGCGUGAAUUUCCCUAUA